AGAGUUAUGGGGUUUGAAAUCUAUCAGUUUGCAGCGACUAGCAAGGACCUACCCAUUCAUCUCACACGCGGUGUUCUUGUCAGAAGCCGGUGACUGUUUCCUGAAUUGUUCUUCAGAAAUCAAUAAGUUGAAUUUGAAUACUUGUUUUCGUCCCCAAUUAGCUAAUUUCCAAGGUUCAGCUGCUUCCUGUAUUAACUAAGCAUUGUGUAAAGGAAAUUUCUUAAGUGCUAUUGGUUAAAAAGAACAACCAAGACAGCUGUGCGUAAAAUUGCUAUGGACCCAUCUAUAGUGAAGCUUCUUGAAGAUGACGAGGAUGAAACUAUGCACUCAGGGGCCGAUGUGGAAGCAUUCCAGGCUGCAUUAAAUAGAGACAUAGGAGGAGAUGCUUCUACUUCUCAGCUUUCUGGUUCAGACACAGGGUCAGGCUGCAUACAUCUUACUCUCCUUAGACUCAGCCAGGACAACCAAACUGACUGCCAAAAUCAAGAACCUAAAAGUGCACAGCAGCAAGAGCAACAUUCAUCUGAAAUGGAGCUAAAGGAACAAGGACCUCUUGUGGAACAGCUACAGAAUGUUGCUUCGCAGGAUGCAAAUAAUCUCCCUUCAUCUCAGAAACAAUCUCAAGAUGAAUCUCUCCAAGGUCAUAAUGUACAAGUUUCUAACCAAAAUUCACGAACAAUUGGAGUUCAGAACUCUGAAAAAGAUCCUGUCUUUAACCAAGAGGCAGUUAACACGCAUAAUCCCAACCAUGAAUCGCAGUAUGCAAAACUGCAGCAGAUGAGUAAUCAACAGGCCACAGUGAAUGAGCAGCCUAGCAGCCAGAUCAAUCGGAAUAAACAGGUACCAUUUGGCCUGUUGCUCCCUAUAUUGAUUCCCCAGCUUGCCAAAGACAGGGCCAUGCAACUUCAAACUUUAUUUAAUAAAUUGAAGAAAGAUGAAAUACCCAAAGAUCAUUUUGUGCGCCUUAUGAAAGGUAUUGUAGGGGAUCAGAUGCUUAGAUUGGCAUUAUCGCAAGUGCAAUUACAGCCAAGAUCAAACUCAGGGCCUACUGGGCAGCAGCAUCCUGUAAGGAUGCCAAAUGUUAAUUCAGGUGCACCAAAAUUUAAUGAUCCCCAUGCAUUAGCACAGCUGCAUCAGAGAAGUACUAAUGCUGCUGCUGCUGCAGACCAAUCUCAUAAUACUUCUACAACUGUCCAAGCGAAGAAUGAAUCUCAAGUAGAACCUCAAGGAGUGCAACCAAACCAAUUACCACCAUCCAGUUCUAAUGCUGUUGGUCAAGAAACUGAAAGAUCCUCACUUCACAUACAAGGCCUUAACAAGCAGCAGCAACAGCAUCUACAUUUCCCUUCAGCAUAUGGUAGUAGUGGCAGUAAUUACAAACCUUUUUCAGGCUCAGCCAGUAAUUCCACAUCUUCUCUCAGACCACAACCUCAUGAUUCACAAAUGAGGCAAAUUCCACAUCAGAGCAUUGGUCCAAAUCAAUUAGGUGGGGCAACUCAGGGUUUGAUUGGUAUGGUAAAACUUGAACAGCAAAAUUCUUUCAAUGAUCCGAAGAGAAUGCCAGGUGGAUCUGUGUCACCUGUGGUAAGCAAUAGUGUGUCACAGCAACCUUCAAAUUCUUGGCAACCAUCAGCACACAAAGAACAAAAUUCAGGCUCAUUUUCAUCAGUUUCAUAUGUUAAAAAGGAACCUAAUGACCUUUUUUCUACUGAGCAUCAACAUAGGCAUAAUUUGUCUAAAUUGCAUGGGUUGCAUUCUGUUAAUUCUGCACAAAUUGAACAGGGUAGUAGUGCCAAUCAAGGCACCCUAAAGGAGGAUUUUUCAAGAGGCCUUCCAGCAUCCACAAAUAUGCCACAUUCAACAUCUGCUAGCUUGCUGCCGCUCAAUUCUGCUUCCCCUUCUGUAUCUCAACUUGACCCGGGUGUCACUUUAAGCUCUCAGAUUCCAUCAAACACUUCUGGCAUAAAUGCAAGAACACCUCUGAAAAAGCCUUCUCCAGGCCAGAAGAAACCACUUGAUGCACUUGGUUCUUCACCUCCACCUCCAAGUAAGAAACAAAAAGUGUCUGGGGCAUCUUUGGAGCAAAGCAUUGAACAACUUAAUGAUGUUACUGCUGUUAGUGGAGUUGAUCUUAGGGAGGAGGAAGAACAAUUAUUUUCUGGGCCCAAGGAGGACAGUCGAGCUUCAGAAGCAUCUCGAAGAGUUGUGCAAGAAGAAGAGGAAACUCUGAUUUUGCAGAAGGCUCCAUUGCAGAGAAAAAUGAUUGAGAUUAUAACUGAAUGUGGCUUGAAGGGUAUGGGUAAUGAUUUGGAGAGAUGCUUGUCACUGUGUGUGGAGGAAAGAAUGCGUGGAAUAAUAAGUAACAUGAUUAGGAUGUCAAAACAGCGGGUUGAUUUUGAGAAGACAAGACAUCAGACUGUUGUCACCUCAGAUGUUCGACAGCAAAUCAUGACAAUGAAUAGGAAAGCAAGGGAAGAGUGGGAGAAAAAACAGGCAGAAACUGAGAAGCUCCGGAAACUGAAUGAUGUAGAAGGUAAUACUGGAAUUGAUGGUGACAAAGAGAAGGAUGAGGGACGAACUAAAUCAACAAAGGUGAACAAAGAAGUGGAUGACAAGAUGAGGACAAAUGCGGCAAAUGUUGCUGCCCGAGCUGCUGUUGGGGGAGAUGACAUGCUGUCCAAGUGGCAGCUUAUGGCUGAGCAAGCCAGACAGAAACGUGAAGGGGGUAUUGAUACUUCAUCUGGUUCUCAGCCAGCUAAAGAUGUGAGUCGCAAAUCUUCAUCAACAUCAGGAAGGAGUACAAAAGACAAUCAUGCAAAGGAGAAAAAAGGGGCUGCUAGAAAAUUUGGGAGAAAUCAUGUCACCGCACCUCAAUCUAGUGUAGCUCGAAGCAUCUCUGUGAAGGACGUGAUUGCGGUCUUGGAGAGGGAACCUCAGAUGUCCAAAUCAUCACUCAUUUAUCGAUUAUAUGAGAGGAUUCAUUCUUACACCUCAACUGAAUAAGAUCAAAUUUCUGUAGAUAACGGGAUGUAUAUCAACAGUAGUUUGAAAAAGACCCCCUACACGUUCAAUGGAAGGAGACCUGCAAUUAUAUAUUUUUUCUCAUUUAAGGUUUAUCAAACAUGGGAGUUUCUCCUAGAAGGACACAACCGGACGGAAAAUACUUGUUUUAUAGCAGUCAUCGUUCACAUCGCUGCCCUUAGGGAUAGGUAGCAGAAUUAUUGUGUACUUGCAGAGGUUGGACUUACUUCAAAAUUGUGUAGAUAUAAAAUGACAUGUAAAUGUAUGUAUCUACCAUUCCUACUAUAAACUGCGAAAGUGGACUUGAUUUAUUUCUGAAUGGGAGUGAUUUGUGAUCUGUACAUUUGAAGAGUCAAACUUGUCAAAUGCCUCCUCUUGAACGGUGAUUCUUUUUAUCACCCUUUUUUUGAUAGCUAUAAUACUUUUUUUUGUCACUUUUAAAAUGUAACUUUUGUAUUUAAUAUAUUUCAAAAGUUAAAUUUUGGAAGUGACAAUAAAAGGGUGUUGUGAUUAGUAAAAAAAUGCGAUAGAAAAAGAAAUUUCUCUCUUGAAUUGAGAAAAUAAAUUCAAUUACUGAUAGAUGAUCUCUUUUGUAUUUUACAAACAAAUUCACUAUAAAUUUUAUCCUAUUUAUUG